UUGUGCAGGAAGGAGACUAUUAUGUGUGUGCAGUUUGAAUAAACUGAACUUUUUUUUCACAUAAUUGGCUUUUGGAGUAGAUUUUAAAACCCAGAGUUUUGGAACUUAAAUAAUGUAUUUUUGAUUGCUUUAUUCUGAAAGUUUAUGUCUGAGCUCAGGUGGGAGAUUGCAGGUGGGAUGAGCAAUCUAUGGUUCCUACUGCUCUGCAGUUUGGCUGGAUUAGGUCUCGCAAACCGUGGAUCACAGCACAGUCAGGUACAACCAGAGAACAACCAAGAACUUUCAAGGCCUCAUUCUAGAAUACAUUGUGAUCAUACAUACAACAAUCACACUGGAGGAGAUAUACAGGACUGUGGACCUGGAAAGUACAGGGUGAGAUGGGGACCAUACAGAGGACAGUGUGUCCCCUGUAAUUGCAAUGGUCUCUCCAAUAAGUGUGACCAAAACACAGGAAAAUGCUUGAACUGCCAAUUGAACACAGCAGGGGAUCACUGUGAUCGCUGUGCUGAGGGACACUAUGGAAGCGCUGCUUUCAGGACAUGCAGACUGUGUCCGUGUCCCUUCUCACAUCCGUCUCACAGUUUUGCCAUUGGUUGUCUGCAUGUUGCCGAUCAUUUUGAGUGCCUGUGCAAGGCUGGUUAUUCUGGAACCCGCUGUGAAAGGUGUGCCAUUGGUUAUUAUGGUGACCCACUAGCAGAUGGAGGGAGUUGUCAGCUCUGCAACUGUAUUCAUGGAUACAUCUGUGACCCCAUUACAGGAGAAUGUAAAUCUCCAAAUGAGCCAGGUACUGAUGGUGACUGCCAAGAGUGUGAUAGUUGCUUUCAGACAUUAAUGGAUGCCUUAGAGGCCAUGGAUGAUGAGCUCUCCUUUCUCAAGGACCGACUCAAGUUUCAGAAAAACAUCUCCAUAAUUCUUACUGCUCUAAGUACAUUAGAAGAUGGCAUUAAUGCUACAAAGGAACUGGUAAAGAAUUACAGAGUAUCUGUUGAAGUGCUAAAGCAAAACGUGAAUGAACUUAAGGCAGACAUGGAUGGUGUCAGAAAACACAUGAUGAAACUUAAGCUCAAGGCAGAUCUAACCUCUUUAACCAGUAAGGAUUUAUUAAAGGAUUUGAAAAAAAACUACAAAAAGGGAAAAAACCUGCUUACUGAUACUAAAGAACUUUUGAAUAGAAUAAAAGAAUUCCUGCAACAUCUGAGGAUUUCAAAUGGUAUCGAUUCCACUCUGUCUGGCAAGAUGCUAGCUGGCAUGCUGGAGGAGGCACAAUGGAUGGUGGUCAAGAUGCAGAAGCAAAAUUGUAAGGUGCAGAGGAGGUUGGCUGAGAAUGAACUCUGGGAAGCACAGAAACUCUUAGACUACAUCAUGAACAAUCUCUCCAAUCUUCUGGAUAGUACAGGGACUACUGCAGAACAAAUUGCUCAAAACCUGAUGUCCUGGAACACUGGACUUAAAGAGCUAAAGGAAACACUGAACCAGGCAGAGAAAGCUGUAAACAAAACAAUUCUCAUGAAUGUUGGUAAUGAAGAGCUUCUGGCUGAUACUAUGAAUUAUCACAUGAUGUUUGAGAACAAGCAGGAUGACAUCUUGUCUUAUCUAGCAAUUAUUAGAGGAACACUGAGAGACACAGAGGAACUUCAGAGCAUGAUGAACAACCUAAAAAAUAGCUAUGCAAAUCUUGCAGCUGAACUAGAUGGAGCAAAGUCACAGCUGAACCAGAGACUUUUUGAGCUUUCUAAUGCCACAGCCAUGGACGUUAUUGUCAGAAAGGCAGAAGAGCAUGCACAGGAGCUCAUGAAACUUGCAGUACAUUUUCAAAUGUCUCUUCUAAAUUUCACCAACAUUUCAGCUGUUCAUAAAGCAAUAGAUAUGAUUAUUACUUUUGAAGACAUUGUUAGAGCUAUUAAAGAAGCUGAGACAGCAGCUAAUAAAGCCAACAAAGCUGCAGAUCAUGCCUUAUUGGAUGUGGAAGCACAAGACCUUACCAGAAAGGCAGAGGAACUAAAACAGUCUACAAACAGCCUAAAUGACAAAGCUAAGGAAGCAGAAAAUAAUCUAAAAGAGGCUACAGAAAAGUAUGAUACCAUUAAAGAGAAGCUGAGCAAAGCAAAGGGCAAAAAAAGGAAUAUGAAAAAACAUAUCCAAACUCUCAAGGAUGAGCUGAACAUAAUUAACCCAGAUGAUAUUGGUGCCCUUCUACAACAAGCUAAGGAUGCUGUCCAAGCUGCCAACAGAGCAGUCAACAAUGAUACAGCACAAUUAAGGGCAAUUAAUAAGGAGUUGGACGUGAUGAAAAUACCCAUUGGUGGUGAUUCAAACGUGGACAACAUACUCAAUGGUGUCAACAAAACAUUGGAUGAACUGAACUAUUCCUUCCCAAACCUGACUGAUACUUUGGCUAAAGUGGAGAAUCAGAGCAGCCGGCUGCCCAGCAGAGCCAACAUGUCUGAUAGCAUUAUGAGAAUCAAAGACAUGAUUGAGAGAACCAGAGAACUAGCAAACACAAUUAGAGGACCCAUUUUAUUCUCUGGUGAAAGCUAUAUAGAGCUGCGUCCUCCUAAAAACCUGCUUGAUCUAAAAGCAUUCACUGCCAUGGAUCUGAUGCUCCAUCGGCCCAAAAAAGGAAGACGCAAUCAACGCCAGAGUGAAGAGGAAGAAAAUCUGUUUGUCCUUUAUCUGGGAAACAAGAAUAUGAAGAGAGACUUUAUUGGAAUGGUGGUCAUUGAUGGUGUCCUUUAUUGUGUUUACAAAUUGGGGGGUAUAACCUACAAAAUAAAGACUCAAGAACUUACCAGAUCCAGCAUUGACAGCUCCUUUAUGGACAGAGUGGACUUCCGUAGAAUUUACCAAGAUGCUGAAGUCACCUAUACCCAGCAUUACACCUCAACAGAACCUAAAAAGCUCCCAACACUCACGAAUCAACCUAAUACAACUGUAAACUUGCUGGAUUUGGACAGUGAUGAGGUUGUAUUCUAUGUGGGAGGUUAUCCAAAUGACUUUAUUCCACCAAAGGAACUCCAGUAUCCCAAAUUUAAGGGAUGCAUUGAGUUUAACACGUUAAAUCAAUAUAUUGUUAGCCUAUACAACUUCCAGCGUGCUGUGAACAUCAAAAAUACAGACCGAUGUCUAAGAGGCGAGACCCGAGAAGUGACAAAAUACUUCGAUGGUACGGGCUAUGGCAAGAUUGAUGUGAUCAGCAGCAGAUCUGUCAGGUUCUUUGUCUUAAGUCGACAAGAGAAUGCUUUGCUGAUUUUUAUGGGGAAUGAGGAAUCUCAUUUCACUCUAACUGUUGAAAGAGGCUUUGUCAUUUUGCGGCACACAGCGAAUAACCGAACACAAAUUCUAAGGAGUAAAGGAAAAGUUUUUCCUGUGGCCUAUUUCCAGAACAUUAAAAUCCUCCAGUCGGCCAAACAAGUUGAGAUGAAUGUUUCUAGGUUUUGGGUCAAUAUUCUGAUCAACUACAGGGUCUAUACACAAGCGUUUAUAGGAGGAAUACCAGAAGCGAUUGCAGAGAGACUAAAUAUUAACCAUCCAGCACUCAGAGGAUGUCUUAAAGGGCUUGAGGUGGAUGUUUCCAUCAAAUUUUCAGAAGCAAUUGGAAUUCAUCCUGGUUGUCCACUAGAUUUAUUGGGUGUACACGAAGUUACUCUGGAGACAGGAAGCUCCCUGGAACUUACUGCUAACAUGACAAUGCCAGAUUCAGCCAUAAUGGUUUCGCUGGGCUUUAGAUCAACACAGAGCAGUGGUGUCUUACUGCACACCGUGGACAUGGAUUUGAACAGUGGAUUUGAACUGUCUCUAGUUAAUGGACAUGUCGAGAUGAAAGACAGUACAAACAAUAUAAAGUCCAAAAACAGAUACGAUGAAGGAAUGUGGCACUAUGUGACAGCAUUUAGAAACAGCACCGGAAUGGAACUAAAUGUUGACAUUACAGACAGAGGAAAUUCACAGACAACUGCAACAGGAUCUUUAGUCCAAGAAACUAAUGUGAUUUUAGGAAAAGAAACAUUCAGAGGCUGUCUAAGGAACUUUUACAUGAGGGGAAUGGAAAACAGAUACAUCCCAGUUGAUCUGAGCAGUUUUACUCAGAUGGGAGAUGUGUCUUUUGGGCUUUGUAACACUCAGCAGCAGCCUCUGUCCAUCAUUGCGAAAAGAGGUUUAAAACAAAGAUGGCACGAUAAGUCCAAUUUCAGAAAGAAAAAGUGUAGUGAGCCAGUCGGUCACAUCCUGGCCUAUCAUCUCAACAUGAACAGUCAACUGCAGUACAUCAUAUCUCUAGAAGAGCUGAUUUACAGGCCUCAUAUUUUCUUGGAAAUGCGAACGAGGUCAGCCGAUGGCCUGCUGCUUCACAUCAGGGAUAAGCAAGGAUUUGCUCGUGUCAUCCUGUUUGUUAGCAGCGGCAGAGUCAAACUCGCUGUCGGCAAUGGAACACUGAUCUACUAUCAAAAGAAGAUUAAUAAUGGUGCCUGGCACAAUAUCAAGUUAAUUGUCGAACAGUAUGCCACACAUCUGGUGGUGGAUGGUUUUCGGGUGCCGGAUGGACAGCUGCAGAAAGAUGAAGUUAUCUCAGUGGAGCUUCAUCCUCUUGUUUACUUUGGAGCUGGAAAGAUUAAAUUGCUCACUGGCACACAGGGCAAACGUUUUCCACAGAAGAGUGUGAUAGGAUGUAUCCGCAACAUCAGGCUUAAUGAUGUCCAUAUUGGAGCGCCAGCUAUUAAUCAUGGAGGAGCUCCCUGUUUUGAUGGGAUAGCUGAGGAAGGGGCGUACUUUGCUGGUGGUGGCUCUUACAUGAUUUUAGAGAAAGACGUAAUGUUGGGUGCUGAGUUCAAUUUAACUUUUGAAGUUCGUCCCAGAAGCAUGACAGGUUUACUUUUUCACUGUCAAAGUCACCAUGGUCACAGCCUCAGUGUUUUCCUGAAGAAAGGCACUAUGGUGGUCCAAAUGAAUGAUGGUGCAGGAGACUACAGCACCUCUGUGACACCGCCAUUACCGCUCUGUGCAAAGUCCUUCCAUCAUGUGACAGUGACAAAAAAAGGAAAUGUAAUUAAGCUGAAGAUGGGACGCAAUUCCAACAGUGCCGUUGGGCCUCAAGUGUACUUCACUCUUAAAACUCAUCACACACUUUACAUCGGAGGCGUACCAGGGUCCAAGAGGAAGAGAGUGCCUGUGUGGAACUCCUACAUGGGAUGUUUGAGAAACGUGCAAAUAAACCUGGCUGCUCUUCCAUUUAAAUCUGUCAGCAGUGUUUUCGGUUCUGUCAAUAUCAGUGAGUGUCCGGCAGAGUAGUAUAUGGUCUGUUUAUAUUUGUAAUCAAUUAAAAUUAUACGAAAGUGUGAGUAUAUGGGGGAAAGAAUCCCGGUAUGUGCACAGGAUUGACCGGUCUGUAGUAGCCAGGUUAGAUUAUUAAUGAAAGGGUGAGACAUGAACAUGUUUUCUGUUCUUCUUUGAUGACAAAUGUUGAGUUUUGGGGAUUUCAAAAUGAUUACAAAGGAUUUCUACAACAAUUACACCAGCAUAAUGAAAAUGACUUUAUUAACAGUGGCCAUGCUUCCUUUUGUUUUUACUAGUUUUCACUAGUUCCUGCCUGUGCUGUAAAAAUAACAAUAAUAAUAAUAAUUUGAAUAAAAGUUGUUUUUUUAUGAUUUUAAAA